AUGGUUUGGAUCUGGAUAGGACGCAGGUGGAAGUUGAACGUUGAAGUAAUUGGCGGGCUGUCUGACUCUGAGCACCAAACUCGACCGGACAAUGCCGUCACGCCUUUACUCACCACCAUUCCCCUGUCCAAUGAUUUCUUCUCUCGACCGCCGACGUCGCAGUUUUUGCUCCAAGUAUCCCUCGACUCUGACAUUUCGAUGACCUCUUUCAUUAUCAAGUCGCAUGAAGGCCGUCCUCUGCACCGUAAAUGGACCCCCGAUCCUGAAUGCACGUUUUGUCGUAUUAUAAAACGCGAGCUGCCUGCAUCGAUCGUGUAUGAAGACGAGAAGGUUAUUGCGAUUCUAGAUAUCUUACCCUUGAGGAAGGGCCAUACGCUCGUCAUUCCCAAACCACACAUACCUCGUCUAUCGGACCUUCCACUCGAAAUUUCCUCCGCCGUAGGAGAGGCGGUAUCCAAAGUUGCUCAUGCUUUAACACUCGCACUCGGGAACACUGGUCUCAACGUCGUCUGCAACCAGGAAUACGCGCAAGCGGUCCCCCAUGUGCAUUACCACAUUAUUCCGGCCCCGAAAUUUGGGUCAAGCCAGAUGGCUGAAGCAGCGAACGACAGGACAGACGACAAGGCUCCUUUAACACAUCUUGAGAUGCACCAGAAGGAGUUCGAGGCUCGAGAAGAGCUCGACGAGGAUGAUGCUAAAAUUCUCGUGCAAAAGAUCCGGGCUCGUUUGUAG